UCAUAUAUGUGUUUGACAACGGCAUUUUUACAAGUUUUAGUAGUUUUCAGUGAAAAAAAAUUGAGAAAAUAAAAGUUUUGAAGACAAGAAUAAAGCUCGGGGACUCCAUUUGUAUUCAUAUGUAAAAAGUCUAACCACCAUGCCACCAACUAUAAAUGGAGCACCGCCACCAAGCGAAAAACGACCUCAAAGACCCACUGAAAGGAAGUCGGAGAUUAUAUGCCGCGUCAAGUAUGGCAACAAUUUGCCUGAUAUUCCCUUUGAUUUGAAAUUUCUGCAGUAUCCCUUUGACAGCAAUCGCUUUGUUCAAUACAAUCCCACAUCAUUGGAACGCAACUACAAAUAUGAAGUUUUGGCCGAACAUGAUUUGGGUGUUACCAUCGAUUUGAUCAAUCGUGAUCUAUACCAGGCCGAUCAGAAUGCCCAACUUGAUCCGGCCGAUGAAAAGUUAUUGGAGGAAGAUGUUCAUACACCGCACGAUUCUGUGCGCUCCAAGCAGCAUUCGCGCAGUGUAUCAUGGUUGCGUAAAUCUGAAUAUAUUUCCACUGAACAGACGCGUUUCCAACCGCAGAACUUGGAGAAUAUUGAAGCCAAGGUUGGUUACAAUGUCAAGAAAUCAUUGCGGGAGGAGACUUUGUACCUGGAUCGUGACGCACAGAUCAGCGCCAUCCAAAAGACAUUCAGCGAUACAAAGAGUGAGAUUUCUAAACAUUACUCCAAACCUAAUGUGGUGCCCGUUGAAAUCAUACCUUUAUAUCCCGACUUUAAGAAUUGGAAAUAUCCUUGCGCCCAAGUUAUCUUCGACAGCGAUCCAGCUCCUGCAGGCAAAAAUGUCCCCGCCCAAUUGGAGGAGAUGUCUCAGGCUAUGAUUCGUGGUGUGAUGGACGAAAGUGGCGAACAGUUUGUCGCCUACUUCUUGCCCACUGAAUCGACCUUGGAGAAGAGACGUGUUGAUUUCGCCGAUCAAGUGCUGUACAAGGAGGAAGAGGAGUAUGAGUAUAAAAUCGCUCGAGAAUACAAUUGGAAUGUCAAGAGCAAAGCCUCAAAGGGUUACGAAGAAAAUUAUUUCUUUGUUAUGCGCCACGAUGGUGUCUACUACAAUGAGCUGGAGACACGUGUACGUUUGAACAAGCGCCGCAUGAAAGUUGGCCAACAGCCCAGCAAUACCAAGUUGGUGGUGAAACAUCGCCCAUUGGAAGCCAAUGAGCAUCGCAUGCAACGUUAUCGCGAACGCCAACUGGAACCACCUGGCGACGAAGAGGAGGAAGAGGAAAUGGAAGAAAGCGAGGAAGAAGAGGAGGAGGAGGAAGUCCAACAGACACAGCCCCAAGAGGAGGAGGAUAAGGACAAAGAUACAGAACAAGUUCAACGGGAUCGAAAAUCUCGUUCACGUUCCAAGUCACAUGCAAAAUCCAGGUCAAGAUCUCGUUCGGGUUCACGCUCAGGAUCGGAAAGGUCCAGAUCUGGUUCAGCUUCGGGUGGAUCAAGAGCUUCUUCAAAGUCUAGAUCAAGAUCACGUAGCUCUGGCUCAGGCUCGGCAAGAUCAAGGACUGCUUCGCCCUCGGGUGGGUCACGAGCCUCGUCUAAGUCAAGAUCACGCAGUCGUUCCAAAUCGAAAUCAAAAUCAAGGUCAAGAUCUCGCUCUGCAUCAGGCUCGCGCUCUCGUUCACGCUCCAAAUCCGCUACAAAAUCUCCAUCUAGAUCACGCUCUGGUACUCCAAAUAGCAAGGCAGCUUCUCAUAAGUCUGCUUCCAGAUCGCGGUCGAAUUCAAGAACUUCACGUUCUCGUUCAAGAUCCCGUUCUAAAUCUAAGAGCGCUUCACGUUCCCGUUCACGCAGCGCUUCAGGCUCAAAAUCACCAUCGCGUUCCCGCAGCAACACUCCCUCGGGAUCUGGCACGGCAUCAGGGUCAGGCAGUGGCUCGGAAGCAGAAGAUUAAAUUAAAAUAUGCUAUAUGGACAUUUAAAAUUAAAGAUUUUUGAUUUUAAAGAUUGUGGACUCCAAUAAACAUUUUUUCGAAACAUUUA